GAACGAACGAACGAAGACACGGCAGCAGCCUAUCAAAAUAAUCAAAAAAAGUUGUGUGCGGCUGCCGAAUUUAGUGUUCCACUCAACGAGGACAGUGAUAAAUUAUUCACGGACGGUGGUGACCUUAUCUCGCGAAGUAUUGCAGUGGCCUUGUGUUGGACAGAACAGAAAAUCAAUCGUAAAUUCGAGCAAGACGCGUCCCACCGCCCUUCGGCUCCCACCGUGCGUAUUUGGUCGAAAAGUAGCGGGCACAUCACUGUCCAGUUAUAUUUACGUGGUAACCUAUUAGCGUUCCAAACUCGCCGAGCGGUCUCAAGGAAAACCGACCACGCACCAUGAUGCGACUGCUGGAUAAAGUUCUCACUUUUAUCAACUACUGGUGGUUCCGGUAUCUGAUGAUUACGGAGCUGUACAUGGUCGAGAGCUGGGAACGUGUGACGAUCCACGUAUUCCUGUUUAGCUUGUUCAUGCUCCAGUGGUACUUCAACUGCAAGGUUGUCCUCCCGUUUACCGGCAGCAUACUGGGGAUCCUACCGAUUGACCAACAGCUGGCUGCCUAUCGAUCGUAGAUUCUUCGGCAAUCUCCCACUUCUCCACGUGGUGGCCCCUCAUCGGAACAAAAAUAUCAAUACCUGAGUGAAAAGAGAAGUAUUCCACGUUCAAGCAAUUGUUUUUACCAGUAAGUUUCUUAUGUUCCGGUUGCAUCAUCGAGAAGGGUUUUCUCACAGAGCAAUUAAGAUAAUCUCUUAUUCUAAAAAAAAACAUGUAAUAUGGUAACAUUAAGCAACAACAACCAAAAUCGAGGAAACCGCAUGCUUUGAAAAGAUAACCGUGAAUCUGAAUUAGGACGAUGAAAGUCCUCUUCUCCACUAUAGAAGGCAGCAGUAUAAUUUAUCACUUAUUAUUGACAAAGAUUAUACGUGUGUAUGUCUACUGCAAGUAGUGAAUCAUAAACCCACUUAGGCAAGCAAAAAUCUGUCACAUUUUAUAGAUGUUUAAAAAGAGUUGUACGAUGAUAAAA